AUGACUCAAACAGCCCCCUUCCACCGCCGCUCUCCUUCUACUCCUCAUGUAUCCAAGUCCAAGUCUAUUCGUCCAGCUUUACAUCGACGAGGGACAUCCGGUGCCAACAUCGCCAAACUGGGCUCGGGACAAAGAGGAGCGAGCAAGCCAUCUACGUCUUCGGACGAUACUGAGUUUGACAUGGCCAGCUUCUUGAACUUUUGUGCCAUGUGUGAGAACCAGAUUACUGUCCCCAACAACACUUUGUUAUAUUGUAGCGAAAGUUGCCGCCGCAAAGACUCCUGCAAACCACUCUCAGCAUCAUUACCAUCCAUGUCCUCCAUGUCUUCCACUACUACACCACCCACAUCUCCUCCUCUCUCUCCACGCACUAUCGUGGCCCCAAUGACUCCAACCAGGGUGCCAAGCAACUCAAUCCCAACCAUGCGGAUACUCAGCCACGUGCAUGAUGCCAAGUCAGAUCUCGACCCCACCGAGUGGAAGCCCGUAUUAGCUCGCAGUGCCUCAUCUCUGGCAUCCUCCGACGCAUGGAACUAUCUAUCUCAGUUCCACCGUGGCACCGGCGAGCCCAUGCUCUCCCGCCCCGCCGUCCAACGCAGCAGCUCCAGCCUUCCCGCCCUGGCCGGAGGUGCCGGCUACAGCAAUGUGCCCGGCCUGACGAACACCCCGUCUACCGUGGCCUCGUCUUUCAGCAGCACCGCCUCCGACUACCUCGGCAGCAUGUACGAGUCCCGGCCUCUGCCCCCGCGCCACAACCCGUACUUUUCCGGUACGAGCGUAAGCAAGGGCGUCGAACUGGUCGUCCCGCACAUUGUUUCUGCGAAUGAGGAUCUCGGUACCAUCGGUGUCUCGGACAGUGGCUCUAUCUUCCCCGCCAGCAGUGCUGUGUGGGAACAUAGCUCGUAUGAGAAACGCUCUGCUCCUAUCUGCAUGGCGCGGGGUAUUGGCGGCCGGCCCGCCGAGACCUGUGUGAAAAACUGA